GCCCUGCAAGUUGAAAUGAGGAGAAAUCAUUUCUUCUUUCUUUAGUUAUUCUCUGAGAAUUUAUGCUUAGAAUUGUUCUUGAAGAGACAGGUAGAGAUUGAAGAAUCAUCCAGAUUCCAGAAUGGCAUAUUACAGCUCGAGUUACUAUGAUGCAGAUCUCAGUGAGUAUCAUCAAACCCCUUUCUAUUGUAGCUCUGAUUUCAUUCUGUCGCAAGGUUCGCAACCCUUAGCUGCCCAUUCUACUAGCUAUGAUUAUGGUGGUUAUAACUUCUUUGAGCAUGAUCAAACUCCUGGAUAUGGUGCUUCUGAAUCUGAUCCUUUUAUGGGAAACACAACAGUAGCAUACUCCGUAGCCACUCCUAGUGAGCCUAACAAGUAUUUUGCCUAUGACCCUGCUCUUUACAGUGGCAAUUACAGUGCUGCUCAGACUCAGUUCAUUAUCUCAUACUCUGUAUCAGAAUUCAAUGUGCCUGAGUUUGAAGAAUAUGACCCAACCCCUUAUACAGGUGGGUAUGAUAUUACUCAGACCUAUGGUAAACCCUUACCCCCUUCUGAAGAAAUAUGUUAUCCUCGCUCAUCUAUGGAUCCGAAUGCUGUAUCCUUGGCUGAUUUCUCUCAUGAGUCAAUUAAAUCGCCACAUGGAAAGGAUGAAGAUGAAUCUGAAGCAGAAACUCAAGAUACAAGCAAAAUGACUGGGGGUGCUGAUGAUAGUCACAGCGAAGAAAGUGAGGAGAAUUCCCCUGAUGAUGUUCACCCUUCUUGGUAUGGUCGAGGAAGUGGAGAUGGAAAUGGAACAACCGGAGAUCAAGGUGUUGAGUAUGAACAGAGGGUGCCUCAAAUUCCAUCAGGGUAUGGCUUGGAAGCAAUGGACCUCUGUGAAAGUAUUUUUGGGUACUGGCCCUGCCUGUCCCGGGCAAAGAGACACGAUGAUCAUCAACCAGUUUCAGGUGAACGGAGCAACGACGACCAGUGGAAGGGGACUGCUGAUUAUCUGUUUGGUGGUUCAGACCCAUAUGGAGAAAGAUGGGAAAUUGGAGGAAGUUAUCAGAAUCCAAAGUAUGCAUAUGAAAGACAUUAUCAGGAGCAAUCCCUUUACAGGGAGGUUGAGUAUGAAUGAUGAAGAUUCAUGGUUGCAAUAAUUCAUGAUGUUGUGAAGUCUGUAACCAACAACAAGAACAUCAUUAUAGGGAGGUAGCUCUCAUGUUGUUUCUCUUUGCACAAUGAAGCUUUUGUUUAUGGGUCAUUCUCAAUUAUUCACCCUAAACUUCAAAUUUGGGGGUUUAUGAUUUUAAGAGGUAAAGUUGGUUUUUUUUUUUAAAAAAAAAAAAUAACAAAAAGAUAGAAUCUUU